CUGAGAAGCGCGUGCACUCAGCAACUCCUUUCCUCUUCCCCGCCCCCUGCAGCUCCGCCUAGCUCGCCCGCGUUCCACGUAGGCACUCGACCGGCUCGCCCAAGGCGGGCUAGCAGAGCCCGUCGCCGUCGUCUUUUGGCCGUCCCCCGCCUGGGACAUGCCUCGGCCGGGGUCGGCCUGGGCGGCUGCCCUCCUACUAUUGGCGCUGUCGCUGGGACCGGGCAGCUGCUCGGAAAUCACCUUCGAGCUGCCCGACAACGCAAAGCAGUGCUUCUACGAGGACAUCACCCAAGGCACCAAGUGCACCCUCGAGUUCCAGGUGAUUACUGGUGGUCAUUAUGAUGUAGAUUGUCGGUUGGAAGAUCCUGAUGGUGUUGUGUUGUACAAAGAAAUGAAAAAGCAGUAUGAUAGUUUUACCUUCACUGCGAUCAGAAAUGGAACGUACAAAUUUUGUUUCAGUAAUGAGUUCUCUACUUUUACACACAAAACUGUGUACUUUGACUUCCAAGUUGGAGAAGAUCCACCUUUAUUUCCAAGUGAGAACAGAGUCAGUGCUCUUACCCAGAUGGAAUCAGCUUGUGUUUCAAUUCAUGAAGCUUUGAAAUCUGUCAUCGACUACCAAACUCACUUCCGAUUAAGAGAAGCUCAAGGGCGCAGCCGCGCCGAAGAUCUAAACACAAGAGUGGCCUAUUGGUCAGUUGGAGAAGCCAUCAUUCUUCUUGUAGUUAGCAUAGGGCAGGUAUUUCUUCUGAAAAGCUUUUUCUCAGAUAAAAGAACCACUACAACCCGUGUUGGAUCAUAACUAGUGUUUUGAAAAUUGAUACUACAUAUCCACCAUACAGCUGUAAUGUUGCUGUUUUCCAAUUAAUAGUAGAUACUGAAGAACUUAAUAUUGGCACUGUACCCUUAAAUUUGUUUCAGGGAAAAUGCAGCAUAAUGUUCCUAAACCAUGGGAAAAGACACCUUUUUAUUUGAAAAAGUUGAAAAACGUAAGAACUUGUUUGGGGCUUUUCAUGUUAAGUAUUCAACACAGAUGUUCUGCCCUUUCCAAGGUUGUUUAUAUCCAUUCCCUCUUAUCACUCUAAACUUUAUGUUGAUUCUUUUUAAUCAGUAAGACUACUUAUGUCAUAGGGAGCUGAUGUUUUAAAACCUUAGUUGCAUUAAAGAUGUUAUAUUGUGGAGGAAGAAAAACAGCCCUUUUAAUAGUCUAGGCAUGAUUUUUCAUUUUUUAAACCAAUGUGAUAAGUUAUAGGCUAAGCCCUGUACUGCACUUUUGAUUUAUUAUGAAAAAAUCUACCAUAGUUGCAUAAUAAUUUUGAUUCAAUUUUGAGUUGAUAUAUCAUGGUACAAAUUGAUAUUCUUCAAUUGCCUAUAAAGGAGCAGGUAUAUUCAUUCUGUGGUUUAUAAAACUGAAAAUAGUGAGUUUUCAGUAAUUGUAAUUGAAACCUUAGCGAUUUUAAUUGAAGACACAGAGAUUAGAGCUAUAGUUAGAAUUUUUGAUAAUUUUACCACAGACUACACGAUUUCUAUAUUAUAUUCUUUUACCUUUUAACUAAACAUAAAAACCUGCUUUGCUUUAUAAUGACUGGCUUUCUCUAUCUGGCUACCUUGAUUUUUAAGUGUAUAAAAUUAUUGUAAUUCUUUGAGCUAUUUAAAAUCUAAUUUGACAUUUUCAUUGUUAACAUUGCACAUUGCUAUACAUUUAGUAUUAAACAAUUAUACCUUCUCCCCCUUAGAACUGGAACCACAAUUGAUUAUAUUUGGUUUUUGGUUAUGAAAUCACUACAGAAAAGAAUCGAAGUCUUUUAGGUUUCCUUUUUUUCAUCCCAGUAAGUGGUUUACAUUGAUUUCAUACCUUUCAUACAUAUUUACUGGGCUACUAAGAGCAUUUUCCUUUGAAACAAGAAAAUAUCCUUAUCUUGUAUAAAUCAAACUCUCCAUAAGAAUAGUACCUCUGUCCUAGAACGGGAUAAUUUUACCAUGUCUGUAAUGCUAAGCCAAAAACUCUACAAAUAGUUCAAACGUUUUCUGAUGUUAAACAAAAGAAAAAAACUAUUGGUUCCCCCUAUGGUUUUGUAGGAGAACGAGUGCUGUACAAAAAUGUGAUUACUCAAUAUCUAUGGCAUCUGAUACUAAAGAGUACUAAAUGGACAGCAUUUCUGGUCAGUUGCCAGUUCUUUAUUCUGAGAGCUUUUUUUUCUUAAUACACAUUUUCGGCAAGUUUUUUGGAUGGGUUGGAUUUUUUUUUCCCCAAAAGGGGAAAAAAUUGCUAUAGUGGUUAACUUUAAGUACCUACAACAUUGCAAAAGCAUAUGCUAGAAUUGCAUGAUUUAAUAAGAUUUUUCAAGGAAAAACAAAGCGUUGCAUUUAAUAAGACCUGGACCAAGAUCUAAAGUUGUAGAUUUGUUCAUGAGAACUGUGGUGCAGAUAUUUAGACUUUAUUUGAAUUUUAUUUCAAUUUAGUGAAUAUCCUAUGCAUAAUAUUAAAUUGAUUUAUAAAAAGCAUAGGUGUACUUUAGGAUGGCCUUUUCAUAUUGCUUUUCUGCUCUGUUAUGUCUUUGAGACCUUUUAUUAGGCAAGAUGUAUAUGGAGCAGUAAGGUACCAGAAUAUUUCAAGUUUAUUACAAGAAUGGAAUCAUAUAAUCUGUGCCUCUAAAAAAAUUCAUUGUUUAAAAUACUGAUUAUACCGGAUUUUUUAAACCAGCAUUUUUCCUUUUAUUUAUUUUGGAGAACAAUAAAAUUUGAAAUAGUAGUAAACCAAAAUUUGGUCCAAAAAUAUUUAAACUAAUAUAAGUUAAUUUUUGAUGUUUGUCUACUCUCCUGACUUGUGUGUAUGUGUGUGUAUAUAUAUUAGAAAAUAUACAUCUCUUGAUAAAUAGACACAUGCUAAUCAAUCAAACGGUUUCUUCUUCCUCCUAUUAAAAAUGCUUGGUCUAUUGAGUCAUAAAGAAAAAUUUGAAGCCAGUUCUUUCAUCUUUUCAACUUAUUCUAAUAGUUUGAAAAUUCCCAGAUGUUUGCUUAGACACAUGGCACAGGAUGCAUAUUUAAACAUUCAUAGUUGUAUAUAUUUUUUUAAGUAGUUAAAGGAAGGGGAUUUAAUAUACAAGUUUAUAUGAUGAAACAUCAACUUGUGAAGUAAACAUCUUAAAAUAUUGCUUUGCUGAAAAAAUCCGAACAUUUUUCUGUUAAGAGGGAGUGGUAGUGGUCUGAGGUUCAAAACUGUCACCCAAAGCUUGAUAAUAUUAAAACUUUGAAUACAAUGAACUGAAAAACAAUUUUUUAAAAAUUUGUUUAUUUAAAUCCUUGUGUAUUGUCGGUUCUUAUUUUAGUUUGUAAAUGUUUAACAUUUAUAGUUUGAAUGAGACAAUGCAGAUUUAAAUAUGUUUUGGGAAAAUUAAAGCAAAUUAAUAUAUGAA